AUGGCUGUGUCGAUGGGUAUUCUCGUCAAUGGCUGUGUCAAUGGGUAUUCUCGUCAAAGGCUGUGUCGAUGGGUAUUCUCGUCAAUGGCUGUGUUGAUGAGUAUUCCCGUCAAUGGCUGUGUCGAUGGGUAUUCUCGUCAAUGGCUGUGUCGAUGGGUAUUCUCGACAAUGGCUGUGUCGAUGGGUAUUCUCGUCAAUGGCUGUGUGGAUGGGUAUUCUCGUCAAUGGCUGUGUGGAUGGGUAUUCUCGACAAUGGCUGUGUUGAUGGGUAUUCUCGACAAUGGCUGUGUCGAUGGGUGUUCUCGUCAAUGGCAGUGUGGAUGGGUAUUCUCGACAAUGGCUGUGUCGAUUGGGUGUUAUAGUCUAUGGCUGUGUCGAUGGCUAUUCUUGUCAAUGGCUGUGUCGAUGGGUAUUCUCGACAAUGGUUGUGUCGAUUGGUGUUCUCGUCAAUGGCAGUGUGGAUGGGUAUUCUCGACAAUGGCUGUGUCAAUGGGUAUUCUCGUCAAUGGCUGUGUUAAUGGGUAUUCUCGUCAAUGGCUGUGUCAAUGGGUAUUCUCGUCAACGGCUAUGUCGAUGGCUAUUCUUGUCAAUGGCUGUGUGGAUGGGUAUUCUCGACAAUGGUUGUGUCGAUUGGGUGUUAUAGUCUAUGGCUGUGUUGAUGAGUAUUCCCGUCAAUGGCUGUGUGGAUGGGUAUUCUCGUCAAUGGCUGUGUCGAUGGGUAUUCUCGACAAUGGCUGUGUCGAUGCGUAUUCUCGUCAAUGGCUGUGUUGA